UCCCGGGCCGACUCGCCGCGGAGGCGGGCCUCGGAGAGGAAGAGGAGGCAGAAGGAGCUCACGGAUGCGGACGCGCAGGUGGAGGAGGCUUGGAAGGCUGAGGCCAAGGACUCGAUCCUUGAGGCCAACAGCAUCAGCGAGAUGUUCUGGGCGGCGGAGGAGCACAUCGACGACGACUGGCUGGGCGGUGUCGACGAGCUACCAGGGAACAUCUACCGGAUUGCAGCUCUUGGCACGCUAACGAGUCAAUUCUCUGAAAAAGACGCGGAUCCGACCGAUACAUUCAGGAGGCUGGUUCGCGUUGUGGGAUGCAUUACCAUCUUCUUGAUCCAGUUAUGCGGCCCGCCCCUCCUCAUUGCGAGCGUCUAUUUUGACUGGGGGAUCAUUCGAGACAACGAUAUCCAUUGGCGCGACUGGGAGCCAUCGUUCUCGGAUUGGCAGGCAAUCAAGACGACUAAGGUUUUGUCGACCCUGUUCUUGUUUGUCUUUUCCAUCAAUGGUCUGUAUGUUAUUCUCCAGGAGAAGCAGUCGUGGGCGAAGAUCUACAAGACGUUCCGGUACCUGAAGCACAAUACCCCGAACAUGGAUGUAAGGGGCGAGCCUUUCUUGAUUUUGGGACCAAUCGUCAAUUCAUGGGUCGUGCUAUUGACCUCCAUCGCUUCUUUCACGAUCCUAGGUGCCAGCUUCAGUCCAAGGAACGUGCUAUUCGACGCCCUGGGCCUUCUCUUCCUCUACAACCUCGACGAUAUCAACAGCGACCUUGGCUUCGUGAGCGCGGAUGACUGGGAUGGCCUCAGACUGGGAUGGAUUUACCAGGAGAUGGUGGUGCCGAACUACAGCCCGAGCGUGUCGAGCGACGAGCAGCCGGCGUACAAUGCAGAGGAUAUCGGCCCCACGGGCAGGUCGGUUCUCAGACUCUACGACGUCGUGUCGAUGCUCCUUCUGGCCUGCGCGCUGGUCAUGCCGGCCGUGGCCCUGAUCACCCCGUUCCUCGCGAUCGUUCCAGUGGGCUUCGAGUGA